AUGAAGUCUGAAUCCGAACAAGAGAAAAGGCGGGAGGAUAAGAAAGAGGUUGACAAUGGGGAUGAAAAGACCAGCCUCGGACCAGAUGAGGAAUCCCAACGCCCUCCUACCUCUGGAUCAACCUCUAGUAAAUCCGAACAUCAUGUUCAACAAGACACCAUCGAACCUGUUAUGCUAGGCGAACCCCUGGGCCAUAUAGAUACUCGACCGUCUGUUAAGCGUGCUCAGUCUAGAGCUUCUUCUGCGCAAUCCAAAACUCGUUCUGUCGUUCCCAGGUCACAAAGACGUGGUCUGCUUGCGAGGUUCACUUUGGUUCCAGAGAUUGAGUAUCCUCCUGACUACAAGAACUCAACGAAAUGGUGCCUCACUGCCAUUGUUGCUUUGGCUACUGCUGCUGCCCCCCUAGGAUCUACUGUUGUAUAUCCUGCUCUUCCUAUCCUGGUUGACGAGUUCAACACUACCGAGACAAUCACCAAUCUUUCAGUCGCUCUCUACAUGAUCUCCAUGGCCAUCUUCCCGCUUUGGUGGUCCUCCUUCUCCGAAGAAUUCGGUCGUCGGACUAUCUAUCUCAUCUCUUUCAGUCUCUUUGUCAUCUUUUCCAUCCUCUCAGCCAUCAGCAAGAACAUCACCAUGCUCAUCAUCUUCCGCAUGUGUGCCGGCGGCGCCUCAGCAAGCGCCCACUCCACAGGCGCAGGUUCCAUAGCCGACAUGUUCGAAGUGUUUGAGCGCGGAAGAGCCAUGAGUAUCUUCUACCUCGGUCCUCUGCUGGGACCCAUGAUAGCCCCCGUUGUUGGCGGUGCGCUGACACAGGAGAUCGGGUGGCAGGCAACUAUGUGGUUUCUCGCCAUCUACGGUCUUGUCGUGCUUCUCAUGAUUCUCUUCUUUCUUCCAGAGACGUUGCAACGUAAACCUGAAGCUGUCUUGCCGACCGCAGACACUCAAGAGCUCAGUCGAAUGCGUACCAUGGAUUCUGCAAAAAUCAAGACCAGAAAUUUCGCCAAGUCUGCACGAAGAUUCCUCAUCGAUCCUCUUGGAGUACUUCUCUAUCUUCGCUUCCCGCCUGUUCUCAUCACAGUACUCCUUGCUGCUAUUGCUUUCGGAUCUCUCUAUGUUGUUAACAUUGCCAUCCAGCAAAAGUUCUCCCGCGAACCGUACAACUUUGGUCAGCUUUCUAUAGGCCUCAUGUAUAUCCCCGGAGGUUUGGGUUACAUCGUUGGCUCCUUAUCUGGAGGGCGUUGGAUCGACAAGAUUAUGGCCAGAGAAGCCCGUAAAGCUGGUCGUUAUGACGAAGACGGGAAGUUGAUAUAUCUCCCUGAAGAUCGUAUGAGGGAGAACGCUUGGGUUAUGACAACCAUGUACCCACUCGCAUUGCUAAUGUUUGGUUGGGUCCUUCGAUACGGCUUACAUCCCGCGGUGCCAUGUGUCGCCCUCUUCUUAUUUGGAAUUUCAUCCAUGCUUGUUUUUUCUGUUGCCACAACCAUGCUUACAGAGCUCAUUCGCAAAAGAAGUUCUUCGGGCGUCGCAGUUAACAACUUUGUUCGUAAUACACUCAGUUGUACCGGGGCUAUUGUUGCUGCCCCAUGGAUCAAUGCCAUAGGUACUGGUUAUAUAUGUAUCUUUCUACUGAGAAAGAAUGCGACCAAGUGGAGGAAGGCCAUGGAUAAGGCCCUGGGUCAGUAA